AUGAAUGCAACGUCACCACCAAGUCCUCCCCCACGCACCAGCUCCAUGGGCGCAACAAAUGGGGGGAGCCCAUCACACCGACACCGAUCAUCAACAGGAGAACCAUCCAAACACCGUCGCAACAAGUCCAGCGUCGAUGGCACCAAAUACAAGGAUGGAACGUGGUCGGCCAAAAACGAAAAGAUCCUGAUCGGCCCGUACGACUACAUGCACGAGCACCCCGGGAAGGAUGUACGGCGACAACUCAUCCAAGCUUUCAAUUCCUGGCUGCAGGUCCCACCAGAGAGCUUGGUGAUCAUCACCAAGGUAGUGACCAUGUUACACACGGCGUCUCUUCUAAUCGACGACGUCGAAGACAACUCUAUCCUCCGCCGCGGCAUCCCCGUCGCACACAACAUCUUCGGCACAGCACAAACAAUCAACUCCGCCAACUACGUGUACUUCCAAGCCCUACAAGAAGUCCAACAACUCAACAACCCCCUCGCAAUGGACAUCUACAUAAAAGAAAUGCUUAACCUACACCGUGGCCAAGGAAUGGACCUCUUCUGGCGCGACACACUCACCUGCCCAACAGAGGACGAGUACCUAGAAAUGGUAGGCAACAAAACAGGCGGACUAUUCCGACUUGCCGUGAAACUCAUGCAAGCCGAAAGUCAGACAGACAAAGACUGCGUGGCGCUGGUGAAUGUCAUGGGACUGAUCUUUCAGAUCUGCGACGAUUACCUCAAUCUGUCGAAUACGACAUACACGCAGAAUAAGGGGCUCUGUGAGGAUUUGACCGAGGGCAAGUUCUCGUAUCCUAUUAUUCAUAGUAUUCGUUCCAACUCGUCGAAUCAUCAGCUGCUUAAUAUUCUGAAGCAGAAAACUAAGGAUGAUGAGGUUAAAAGGUAUGCUGUGCAGUAUAUGCAGAGUACUGGUAGUUUUGGACAUACGCGGCAGGUUGUGAGUGAUUUGAGAGAUAAGGCGUUGAGUUUGAUUGAGGCUAUUGAUGAGACGCCGAGGAUUAAUGGGGCUGGGGAUGGACAGUUAGUGCGUGCUAUUGUGGAUAAGAUUGUCGAGUCCACGUUGGCCGAUCCCAGUGCGCAUUGA